AUCAUGUCAGCCGUGCAGUUAGGAAAGUAAUAUUAUAAGCUAGAUAUUGAUGUUUUAGCUCAUUUUAAAAUGGAUCCUAAUCGUAGAGUUCUUUCUUCAAAGUCUCCAGCCACUAAAUAUGAAGUUMUUUUGUUAGAAGAUGCCUCAAACACGUCGAAAGACAAGCCUUCUGCUGAUAGGAUGGCCGUUUGCUUUGGUGUAUUGGAUGAAGUUAUUCCGCAGCUUGGAGUUUAUCGUAAGAUAAUAAGCAUGCUAAGGGAGGAGCUUUACUCAGGUGUAUACAGCUUAGACUACACMACRAUCCCACCGAARAAAAGAUCACAUAAARCACCUGUAGUUCAACGAGUACCAUUCUUUGUACUUGUGGAGAGGCUGCAUGAUCAGAGAGAUAGAACAGCYGAAGGCCUACAAAACGAAAUAACACAGCUCAACAAGGACUUAUCGGCUAAAGAGAMCCUYCUGAAAGAAAGGAGCUCCUAUGUKGARGAACUUAAACAAAAAGUAAGGUCCCUAGAAGAUCAAAACUUUCAACUGACAAUGGAUUUGGAGAAYUGCAACUUGGAAAAAAUGAAGUUGUCUGCAAACUUGGAUGAGGAAAAGAGAUCYCAUGAAACUAGCAAAGAAAGAUACGAAAAGAGACUUCUAAACGUCAGAGAACARCUCAAUAARAGUGARGAUACAGUWRCACARUUGAAAARGUACAAGGAAGGCUAUGAUGAUUUGCAAGACGCAUUCAACAAUACCAAUGUUUUUACUAAGAGACCACACAAACCAGCACCUCUGACAAAGAAAGCAAGAGUUAUACAAGAGAUUGCAGCUGCAAAACUACUAGAAGAACAAUURCUUACAAUGCAGAAUGUCAUCAUAGAGGAAUAYGACCUUUUUGUUGAAGAGAAUCAACCAGUAGCAGACAAAACUGAUGAAWGUGACAAAGGCCAAAGYUAUUCAGAUAGGUGGGGAGAAGAAAGUAAAGCYAUGCAAAAUUUCUUAAAGGAACAAGCAGAAGUGGAGAAAAGAUUCCAAGCAAACAUAGCUGAUAUAGAAAAUGAAUUACAACUGAUAGAAAUUCAGAAAUCUACCCUUGAAGAUAAGUUAGAAUCCAUUAUUAAGGAAGAGAAUAUUGAAUCUGAGGAUACCUCCCAAGGUGCAUCUGGAAGAAAAGAAGGCACUACUCGAACCUUACCACCCAGAAUCACCCCUGUUGACGAAGAGAUUGAUUUUGUGAAGAUAAUGGGAACCCCAGGACACGCAGACCCCUUUAUACCACAUGAACGUGUAAUGAGUAAAUAUGCCGCAAUGUUGUACUACUCUUGCAACCAUGGGAAAAACUUUCAUGAGUUUAAGGAUGCUAAGUAUUGUGCAAGCUGCGGUGAGACGACUUUGCUGUGUCCCCAUAAAAUAAUAGAGGAAAAACUUGUUUCACUGCCACACAAUUGCACCCACAUCAAGGUCACCAGGCCUGUAGUACGUAUUCUCAAAGAAGAAGAGCUUCAGUCUGCUCCUGGAAGUCCUGAUAUUUCACGAGUACCUUCAGCUGGUGCUGAAACUCCUUCGUAUGGAGAUGAGCAUGUUGUGAAAAUGCAGCAGCAUCUWACAACAUCGUACAAAAGACUGUGGGAUGAUUUAGCUUCAAGGUCAUCUAUAACUCGUAGAAUACCAAGACCACUAAUAAAAGAGAGAGUUUUAUCCAUUAUUUAUCAGUUUUAUGCCACUUUGCUCUGGCAAGAYGACUUUGCCAUGGAAGAUGAACAAGUAGUGUCAGUCCUUGAUAUCUUGCAYACAUUUUUCAUGGACAGGUACAUCAUUUCUGAUGUUGCCCACCUGGCAAUGCAUGACUUUCUUGCAGGAGUUGUCAAAUAUGCCCAGGAAAACCAAACCAUUCAGGUGUUUGCACAAGCUAUGUGUGGUACCCUUGAUCCUGUGGUGAUUAGGUACAUUCUUCUCAUGAAUGACUUCAUAGACUUUGUUAAAUGGGAGACUGUUGCAGACAUAAGGCCUUUUGCUCAAACCGUGUACCCAUUUAUGCACGAAGAAGAUCUUGAGCAGUUCACRAUGGGRUAUACAUCACACAGUGAAAAUAAGAUCUCAAAGGAACUAGUCUCUGAGUAUCUUCUUUACAUUAUCUUGAAGUACAGAGAGCCAAGCUUCCAAGAUACUGAAGUAAAGCUUCUUCAGCAUCCCGGAAAUCGGCCAGGCUUGAUGACUGACAUYGAAUUUACUGAGGCAAUUGACAACAUYUGUCCACUUGCUUCAGAAAGGCUUCGAAGGCGUUUGUUUGCAGAAUCUCUAGAGCACAUGCAGGAUUCUGAUGAUUGUGUUAAUGUAACAAGGCUUUCUCAGAUCACUGGUUAUCUUGCAUUGGUYCAAAUCUCUUCUGUUGUKAAGGAUUACAUUAGGCAGAAAGUAGAAGAAGCGAGGGACAAGCAGGAUGAAGUACAAAGUGACUUCAAGGAGUCCAUUGGAACCAUCAAAAAGCAUCUCUUGGAGGAAGAAGCAAAAAGCAAAGCCAACAUAUCAGUGAAUAUUCCCACUAUGGGAAAGUUGAGRACUGUUGCUGCACAGAAUUCCAAAAGAAUCACUGCAAGACAAUUAGAGAGAGUUGACAACUUYAAGUAUUAGAUAUUAAUUACUACUACCAAGCUUGUGAGGAAGCAAUUCAAAUUAAAAAUACUUUAUAUGACCCACUUGGACCCACUUGGUAGAUUUGUCUUUUUUGGUUUGCAUGCAAUAAAUUUGCAUUUGAGCCUMAAAGGAGAAACUUUUCCAAGUUAUAUUUUAUGCUACAUUGUAUAUUUUUGAUGAAUGUAAAUAAAACAUUUCUAGGUUUUUCAWUGAAAUGUAGUCAAAAUAUACUUUCCAAAAAUGCAUUUAAAUUACUUAAAGACUUAACAUAGCUAACUGUAAUAGCCGACUUGCGAAUUACUCAUCAAUAGUCACAUACAAAGGAAUCAAGACGAGGCGCCGUG